GAGAGCGCUGUGAGAGCAGACGCCGUGAUGGACGAGUUCGAUCGGGAAGCGCCACUGUUCGAUGGGAAAGUGAGAGUUCUCGUACAGCAACCCGAGCGCGACGACCGUCAUACGUUCCUCACCGUGCGCAUGCUCAAUGGCCAGCGGACGUUGAACAGCAACCAAAAGGAGCGCGUGCUGCGGAUCGAAGUCACGGACGACGAAGAACUCGAAACGUUCUUCCUGUAUGUUUGGAGCGUGUCGGAAGAAGAGUUCCACGACCUGAAACACCAACAACGCCUCCUUGUGGAUUUCCCCAAGUUUGCGACCAAUUUCAUGGAUCUCUUGACAUGUUGCUUGGCUAAACCAACGAUCCUCCAUGAGUCGUCGUCAAAUCACCGACCUGAGGGCCAGGCGCCUUUGAGCUACUUGGCCGUACUCAACACGCACGACACGGCCGGUCACAGCACAUUCAGCAUCGUCGAGACGAACGCGUUCAAGCGGCUAACACAUUUGUCCCUGCAGUUUACUCCUGGGGACGAUGCCGAGGUGAAGCUAUAUCUGGCCGCUCGAUUGCGUCAAACCACGCACGAGAAACGACGGCUGCAGCAAGACUUGGCAACCACGACCAGCGACUUGAACGCCGCCAAGAAGUCCGAGUCGGAGCUGAAAACCCAAGUAGACCAUGCCGCACAGCAACAUAGUGAGCAAUUGGGGCAGGCCAAGAUGGCGUAUUCGGACGAGAUGACGGCGCAGAAAGAAGCGGCACUUGCGACGCUCCAUGAGACCGAGCGGAUGUACUCGGCCAAGUUGGAAAGCCUCCGGAUAUCGUCCAAGGACGAGAUUGAGCAACUCCAGCGAAACCUUGCCGAGAGCCAAGCAACGAUUCAAUCUCUCCAAAAGACCAAGUACCAACACGAAAUCAAACUCGAGCAACUCGAGCUCCACGUUGCACAGCUCGAAAAGUCCAAUCAACAACAUGCCGACGAGCUACAAGCGCUGAAAGACCAAAACAAGGCGCUCGAUCACGACGUGUUUACCAAGGAAAAAUUGCUCAACCAGAGCGACCUGCGGAUCGCUGCUCUCCAGCAACAAGUCGCCGACAAAGAAGACGUGAUCCAGAAAUCCACAGAGCUGCUGCAAGCGUCGUCGAAUCACAAGCUCGAGAUCGAAGAAACACUGACGAUGUACAAGGCCAACAACAGUACAAUGCAGCAAAAGCUCGAACUGAGCAUCUCGGAGAUCAACAAGGGCAAUCAAAUCAUCGAACAAAUGCACAGCGAAAACCAAGCGAUGAAGGCCAAGUUGCGCAUGAAGUCCAAGAUUUUGAAACAGCAAGACCUGAUUGUCCAGGAGAAGGAACACCAGCGAGACCAACUCAUGCAUCAACUCAAGGCGCUGAAGAACGAAUUACUCCUGCGUGACGAUCAAAUUGCGCUCGUUCAAAGCAAGAACGACGACUUGGCGCAGAAACUGGACGAAAGCAACAAGCUUCUCGCGUCCAACCAGCAAGUCAUUACAUGGCUCAACAAAGAAAUCAAUGAAGCGCAGCUGUCGUCGCACAAACGGUCGGCGUACUCGACCGCGUUCACAUUCCAUCCCCCAUCCGCAACAACACUAGGUCCAUCUGCAAACCCCGCGACAUCUUCGCUAUUGGAUCGCGACCUGCCACAGCGAUAUGGCAUGUCAACUGCUUCCAGGCUUGGAGCUAAUUCGUAAUAGGAGCAGUUCCGUCGCGAUCUUUUCAGCCAGACCA